UUCACCUGACUACACACCGGAGACAGACGUACAGAUCUUUCUUAUUGCAGGAAAAAAACACAAUCCAAGACAAACAUGGAUCCCAAAAAGUCUCCAAUGGAAGUAGGGCAGCCUUUACUUCCACUUCAGCAGGACCCUCCAGAAUACUCCAUUGGGUUCCCUCCCUCUGAGAGUUAUCCCAGCACUUCAGGUCAACCUGCGCAGCAUUAUGGAGCUCCGGCAGCAUCUGGCCCGUACAUACAAGGGUCAUAUCCGGUGCAGACUGUGGUCACUAUGCAGCCUCCAGCUAAUGUGUCCUUCACUCCACUGACCAAUCCAGAGUCAGAUUACCUGUGUUAUUCCAUCUUUACCCUGCUGUGCUGCUGCUUACCUCUGGGAUCCGCUGCUCUUGUUUACUCCAUCACAACUCGGGAUGCUAACAUGUUUGGACACCAACCGAUAGCAAGCAGAAACUCCAGAAUGGCUCGCAUCCUUAACCAUGUCAGUGUUGGUAUUGGCCUCUUCUUCUGGUUGAUCUGUGUCAUCAAUAUCAUUCUUCUUGUCAUCACAAUUUCAUAA